UGGGGUGCAUAAGUCCACUCUUUCUAAGCAUCUUUCAAAAGUUAUUGAUGGACUUUAUGAUAAUUGCAGAAAAUUUAUUUUUUUCCCCACAUCACCCAGAGGUUGGCGUGAUGUUAAGAGGGACUUUUUUCUUUUAGGUGGCAUACCCAAUGUCCUUGGGGCCAUUGACUGCACUCAUAUUGCCCUAAGACCCCCUGUGCGCAGGGAGAUAAUAUUUAGAAAUAGGAAACACUUCCACUCCUUAAAUGUGCAGAUUAUAUGUGAUGCAAACAUGCGCAUAUUAAAUGUUGUGGCAGGGUUCCCAGGAAGUAGCCAUGAUGCCUACAUCCUCAGGAAUUCUGGUGUGUGGAGAUUGUUUGAGACAAAUCAAAUGCCUGAAGGACAUCUCCUCGCAGAUUCUGCAUAUCCUCUUAAAAAAUGGAUUUGGACACCAUUGAAAGAGAACCAGGUUGUUGGGCCUGCUGAAUUAAGAUAUAAUGAAGCACAUAUCCGAACACGUGCUAUAAUAGAACGACUGUUUGGUGUUCUAAAAAUGCGCUUUCGCUGCCUGGACAGAUCAGGGGGGGAUCUCCAAUUCAGUCCGGAAAAAGCUAUUAAAAUCAUAGUGGCAUGUUGCUGUCUACACAACAUGGCACAGGAGCAUGGGAUGUUGAACGACUUACUUCCAACACCACAGCCCCCAGGUGAAAUCUUUGAGCCUGAUGUAAUUAAUCAUCCACAACCCCUCAAUGCCCAUUUGGAGAGAUCUGCAACUAUUCAAGAAUUCUUUUCAGAUUGAAGAUUCUCAGAAAUGGAAUACCACUCCCCUCCCUCUCUCCUCAUCCCUAUAUUUACCACAUUUUCCCUAAAUAAAUGUAUACUUUACUCAAA